UAUUGCUGUUGUCCUGCGUCAUCACCAGCACUGCACUCGACGACAGAAAUAUUCAUGCAUUCAAAACCGACCUAACGAUAUUCUGUAGCUGAACAUCCGUGAUGGUAAGCUACUAUAUAUCUCAUAUGUCCUAAAUAAAGAUCGACGUGUCCGCCAAAGCGAUCCUACCUCUGCCACACUCGUCAACUGCUUUAAGAAUUCACUCAAGAUGCCUGGCAUCGACACAGACGACGAGCGCGAGAUGGAACGCAUAGCUUCCAACAAUCCGGCGAUGACUAUGCCUGCCAGCCAGAUCUUAUCUUCCCGCGAGAUGGAUCGUCUACGUUCACGGUCACACUCACAAACCAAAGUCCUAUCGUCGUCCGACCCAUCUGGCGGCUCAGAGACAUUCAUCAAGGCGCCAACCCCUGAACCUACACCAUCAAAGUACGAUGUCGGCUGGCGGCGCGUAGUCCGCAAUUUCUCGCCGUCCUGGUUCUCUGUAACGAUGGGAACGGGCAUCGUUUCCCUCCUGCUCAUCACCAUACCUUUCAAAGCAGAUUGGCUGUACUGGCUUUCGGUCAUUUUCUUCGUCCUGAACACUAUUCUCUUCACCUUCGCUCUCGUCAUCUCUACGCUCCGAUACACCUUGUAUCCCGAGAUUUGGACUGUCAUGAUCGCCGAUCCUACCAAUUCCUUGUUCCUCGGCACCAUCCCCAUGGGCUUCGCCACGCUGGUUGAGAGCUGGAUGUUUCUGUGCUGUCCAUACUGGGGAUACUGGUCCGUCACCUUCGCGUGGGUGUGUUGGAUGAUCGACGCUGUAGUCGCGGCUGCUGUGACAGUAUCACUGCCGUUCCUGCUCAUGAGCCAGAGUCAUCAGCAUCAGUUGGACCGGAUAACGGCUGCACAGUUGUUGCCCAUUGCUGCCACCAUUGUAGCUGCGGGAGCUGGAAGCGAAGUCGCCGAACUCCUUCACAAUCCAAACCACGCCGUCGGUACUCUCAUCACAUCCUACGUGAUGUGGGGAAUGGCCACACCACUCGCUAUGACGAUCCUAGUAAUCUACUACCACCGUCUCGCCCUGUAUAAGCUGCCACCGCGCGAAGUCGUGGUGAGUUCAUUCCUGCCUCUCGGGCCCCUAGGCAUGGGCGGCUACACGAUCAUGUAUCUCGGUCGGGUGUCGCGGGAGGUGUUCCCGCGUGUCCAACUCUUCCGCGACCUCCCUCUCACUUUAGCCGGCGACGUGCUGUACGUUCUCGGUGUCUUUGUGGCUUUGAUAAUGUGGGGGUUCGGCUUGGUCUGGCUGAUCUUCGCCCUUGCGACAAUCUACUCUACACGGCCGUUUCCUUUCAACAUGGGCUGGUGGGGUUUCACGUUCCCGUUGGGCGUGUACGCUAUCAGCACAAUGACCUUUGGCGUCGAGAUGCCCAGUUUGUUCUUCAAAGUGCUGGGCACAAUUCUAAGUGUGGCUGUAAUGAUACUGUGGUGUGUGGUCGCCGCGGGCACAGCAAAGGGUGCGUGGUCGGGACAUUUGUUCUCUGCACCGUGUUUGAAGAACCUACGGAAGACGGAUCAACGGCCCAAAGAGAUGAUAGGGGAGGUGGAUAAGGAGAAGUCAUCAGGAACAUAGCGCACGCUGCAUGUUUUCAGCUUUUUUACUACUCGUAGUUGAUGUCCCCCAACUUUUGAUUUACCCACUUACUACUUGGGUGAAGUCGGGCUGUGAUGAUCUCGGGAAUAAUGUGUAAAGAUGUGAUUUCAAACGCCACCGGUAGGAUGGGUUGGGUCGAUCCACUUGAC